AAGGAAGGAAGGAAGGAAGGAAGGAAGGAAGGAAGGAAAAAAUAUGCAUUCCCAGAGGCAGCUAAUUAAAAAUUCUCUCCACCUCCCUCUCCUUAUCCAUUAUCCCUAUCUCUUUCAGGAGACACUGUGACUGUGGUGGAAGAAAAGCAUCCUCUCCAGCAGCCGCCCCUCACCAUAGCAACUGGGACGUCAGCGUAGACCUCCAUCCUCCGCAGCCGGCAGAGCGGCGGGGAAGAAGCGGGGCACCAGCAUCCACCCCUUCGGGGCCACGCGGCCGGGGCGGGAGUCGUGCCGCUGUCCGCGGUGCUGACGGGAGCGGCCGCGACGGGGCGGGGGCGGCGGGAACAGUAAGUUAGCAGCCAGCCCCGCCACACGUCGUUUUCCAUUACAGAACAGGAGCAGAAUAACCAACCCCUCCUUCUACUGGAUUUGCAAGUGGUCGGGCACAGAUGUGAACAUACUGCGUGUUUUCCAAUAUGGCUUCACUUGGGAUUAUAAAAGAAAGAAGGACGAGACCAGGAAUUCUGCAAUUAUGCUUUGGAACAGGUACUUCUUCUCUAAGUAACAGACCCCUUUUGGAGAGAUAGCAAUUUCCUUUGCUAUCAACUCAAAGGGAUAUCCCUGGGAAUGGUGGAUUCGGGCUUUCAAAUUACAAAGUCCAUAAGAGCCCAAGCAGGAGACAUGACUGUCACGCUUGACCAUAGUACGGAUAACAACGUUUCUUUUGUUCUCCCUACGUUAUUGCUCCUGCUGCAGAACAAAAGCUACCCCAAAACCUCCCUCCCUGCAGCUGACCAUGAGAUGACAGAGUCACCUGAGGAGCCCAGGCCAAGCAGGAACCGCACCGUCUUGCAGUAUGAGCUGAAGCCAGGGGAAAUCGUAUCAGCCGGCAUGGUUUUUGGAGUACUGUGGCUAAUUUCCAUCUUUGGAAACUCCCUUGUUUGCUUGGUGAUCCACAGAAGCAGGAGGACACAAUCAACCACCAACUAUUUUGUUGUCUCCAUGGCUUGUGCAGAUCUUCUCAUCAGUGUUGGAAGUGCACCAUUUGCGCUGCUUCAGUUUACAUCAGGCAGGUGGACGCUCGGGAAUGUGAUGUGUAAGCUGGUAAGGUAUAUUCAGUAUUUCACUCCUGGAGUCCAGAUGUAUGUGCUCCUCUCCAUAUGCGUGGAUCGAUUCUACACCAUUGUCUACCCUCUGAGCUUCAAGGUGUCAAGAGAGAAAGCCAAGAAAAUGAUUGUAGCAGCUUGGAUCUUUGAUCUUGCAUUUAUGUCACCAGUUUUCUUUUUCUAUGGCUCUAAUGAGGAUGACCACUGCAACUUUUUUCUGCCAAAUUCUUGGGAAGGAGCCAUCUACAGUAUAAUCCAUCUCUUGGUGGUGUUUUUGACCCCAUCCAUCCUCAUUAUCCUGUUCUACCAAAAGAUUGUUAAGUACAUUUGGAGAAUAGGCACUGAUGGCAGGACUGUUAGAAGAACAAUGAAUAUUGUCCCAAGGACAAAAGUGAAAACUAUCAAGAUGUUCUUAAUGUUAAAUUUAGUGUUUCUCCUAUCCUGGCUCCCAUUUUAUGUGGUACAACUGUGGCACCCACAGGAAACAGACUAUAGAAAAAGUUCCUUGGUUUUCAUGGCUAUCACAUGGAUCUCUUUCAGUUCUUCAGCUUCUAAGCCAACCCUGUACUCAGUGUAUAAUGCAAACUUCAGAAGAGGGAUGAAGGAAACUUUUUGUAUGUCCUCCAUGAAGUGCUACAGAAGCAAUGCAUACACCAUCACCACCAGCUCAAGGAUAGCAAAAAAAAAUUAUGUCGGGAUCUCAGAAAUCCCAGCACCAGCCAAAACUGUAACCAAAGACUCCAUCUAUAAUUCGUUUAACAGAGAAGCAAAGGAAAAAAAGCUCGCCUGGCCUAUUCAUUCAAAUCCUCCAAAUACAUUUGUCUAAUUGGCUUAAUAGCUUUGAAUGGUGGUUAUGUACGAUCAGAACUAAGAACUUUUUGAACCAAUGUAAACAUACGUGUUUUUACAACAACUUUUAGAAAGGGAGAAAAAAAAAGAUAUUUUAUUAAAUGCAUUGAUUUUGGUGUAUUUAGUGUACAUAAUUUCAGCUACAUUUGCUUCUGUAAGUACUCUCUAAUCACUGUACAUUGGCCACCAUGUUUAAAUACAUAAAUACACCCAAAGACAUC